AUGCAAAGGUCAAUGCCAAGUGUCAGCACAAUGACACAAGAACUUGAACAAGGUGUGAUUGAAAUUUUGGAUUUUGCCAAAGAGCAGAAAAAAGAACUUCUGGGUUUGUUGGAUGCUCUUUAUGAAGCCAAAGAUCAAAUCACAUCAAGUGGUACAAGAUCCCGAGAACAACUGACCUCCUAUUUUGAGAGUUUAAAAUCAGAAUUGAUCUUGGCUUUAGAUAAUCGACUGGCAGAACUAGCGAAACAGGUAGAUGUCAUUGAACAGACAUCCCUGCCACCAUUAAAUGAAUGUGAGGGCCUGAUUAAUCAAGGCAUCUACAAAGUGAACAGGAUCAUUAAAGAGGGCAGUUUAAUCCUGGAAAACAACUCUGCAGAUGUCGAGAAAGUAACCAACUUCAAAGAAAGUUCAGAUUCUUGGAAUCUGAACAGUGUCCCUGCAAUUCCGAGCCUUUCUGAAGUUGCUUGCAUCUCUGUCGACAGAACUGGAUCGUGUAAAGAGAAACUACUUGAUUACAUUUCCAAGGAAUGUCGAGUGGUUGGUAAAGCUCCUGUUUAUAUUGCUGAUGUUAUUGAACGACCAGGUGCAUUGCUUGUCAAGUGGAGUGAGACAGAAGAUGAUGUGGAUGCAAGUGAAUUCUGUCUUCAGUAUGCAUCUGGAACAAUCAAAUCAAAUGAAGACAAACAUGCACCAUUUCACAAUGCUUAUAUUGGCGGCAAUUCUAUUUGUCUCGUAAAGCAUUUACAGACCAAUCAUCCUUAUUCGUUCCGUGCCAGUUGUCGAUCUGAUCCUGAUUCUGCUUGGAGUAUUUGGAGUGUACCAACCAUUGCUUGCACAACAUUGCCACAUUAUGAAUGGAGUGCUGAAAACAGUGCCUACUCAACAAGUAAUGAGAACCAAACAGCUACAAAAUGUUGUGGGGGUGAAGCAGUUGUCCUCUAUUCAAAAUCCUAUCUGUAUACAGCUGGCCAGUCAAUAACAUUUCGAGUACUGGAUGCAGGUAGCACAUGUCCUGGAGAUGGUGUUGGCCUCUCACUUAUGAAUUCAGAUUCACAUACUCUGAGGAGACCAGGUGCUGCUUAUGUCACAGUAGAUGGCAAAGUGUAUGUUGACGGACAGGAAAUGAAAACAAAACUCCCUUUUUGGGGUAAGGGUUCAUCAGUGACAUUUGACACAGAAGUUCAGCCCAAUGGAAAGGUCAGAGUUACAGUGCAAGUUGAAGAGAAAGAAGUGACCUUUGACUGGAAUUUGCCCUUCAUAGAAAAAUACAUGAAAGAUUUUACAAAUGAACAGAAUCAUUCCAGACCAAAAGAAAAAUUCUACUUCGCUAUGGUGUUUGCCAAUGAAGAAUGGAAAGUUGGUGUUGAGUAA